CUUCAAGCGUAUCCGGGUGAAUACAUCUAAACCCUACCUGUUCUCUUACCUCCCUUUUUCUCUCCCCCGCCGAAUCUGCCUUCAACAUCUUCGGCUUUCAUACCCUGAGUUUUGAGAGUUAGUGUUCUUCAUCACCCAAUACACAGCUUGCAAACAUGGCAACUCAAUUGAGCAAGAAACGAAAGUUUGUAGCAGAUGGUGUGUUCUUUGCUGAGUUGAAUGAGGUCCUCACAAGGGAACUUGCAGAGGAUGGUUACUCAGGUGUAGAAGUUAGGGUUACACCAAUGCGCACGGAGAUCAUCAUCAGGGCCACCCGUACCCAAAAUGUUCUUGGUGAGAAGGGAAGGAGAAUAAGGGAGCUGACAUCUCUUGUUCAGAAAAGAUUCAAAUUUCCUGAAAACAGUGUGGAGCUUUAUGCAGAAAGAGUCAACAACAGAGGACUCUGUGCCAUUGCUCAGGCUGAAUCUUUGCGUUACAAGCUUCUUGGAGGCCUUGCUGUUCGCAGGGCUUGCUAUGGUGUUCUAAGAUUUGUUAUGGAGAAUGGAGCAAAAGGGUGUGAAGUGAUUGUAAGUGGAAAGCUAAGGGCUCAACGUGCCAAAUCCAUGAAGUUCAAGGACGGGUACAUGGUUUCAUCCGGUCAACCGGUCAAGGAGUAUAUCGACUCUGCUGUCAGACACGUGCUUCUUAGACAGGGUGUUCUUGGGAUUAAGGUAAAGAUCAUGCUUGAUUGGGAUCCUACUGGGAAGCUUGGGCCUAAAACUCCAUUACCUGAUAAUGUUAUAAUUCAUAUGCCUAAAGAUGAUGUAAUUGUUCAUCCCCCAAAAGAUGUUGAGGAAUACAGACCACCACUUGUUGCUGAUGAGCCUUUGCCCAUGCCCAUCCCUCUACCUGUCUAAAACCAAGUCUUUAACAUGAUUAGGAUUCUAUUUGAUUCCAAGACUUUUAAUUUUGCUUUCAUGAAUGACCCUUUUUGCAUUGAUGUAAGUUUAUUUCUACUAAUACUUAUUGUUGAAUUUUCUUAUUAUGGAUUGCUGUAUUCUAAUGU